AUGUUUAAAGUUUUCAGAAUGACUUCCUUGGUUGACAUGCCCCUGAAUUAUGAAAAGAUGUUUGCUCAUCGAUUCACAGCAGAUGAUGAAGAAUACCAAGAAUAUCUGAAACGCCCUGUAGAUCCGCCUCCUAUAGUUGAAGAAUGGAGGAACAGAUCUGGUGGCAACCAGAGAAACAGAGAUCGGUUUCAAGACGGUAGAUAUUUUCGAGGGGACAGGUACAACUGGCAAGGUGACUAUAGAUCUAAUCAGAGGCCAGAAAGAAGUUGGGGUAAUAACUACCAGCAGCACAGGCAAGGACAGUCGUAUUCCUCCCACUACGGACAAUAUGGCUACAACUCCUACAACUCAGGCCCUCGUUACCAUCCCUACUGAUGGUACUUGUGGUUUGAAAGUCCAGUAAUGCUACGUAACAAAUUCAGUUAGACUUCAGUUUUCUUAUUUUUCCACAGUUUUAGAGAUAACUGAAGAAUCAAUAUUACAGUCCAUUGCUGUUUAUCUGUUGUGUGAAGUGAAAAAGAGAAUACCUUUUAUGAAUAGUAAAAGCAUAUUAUAUGGAGUUUGUUUAGAAUCUGUAGAUCUUAGAUUAAAUUUCUAUCUCAUCCUUUUGUCUGAACACAUACUAGUACACUUCCUCCAUCACCGAGGGUUCUCUCCAUUACGUUUUAGGAAACACAACAGGUCAGGGGAAAAUAGCUGUGGUUUGUGUGCAGCCUGUAGCAGCGGCACGUUGCCUUAGGAGAGUUCUUUUUGAAAGUGACAUGCUGUGUCUUGCUCUGGACAGAAUUUCUUAGUUUGGCUUUUGAUAGUGAGAAAAGCUCAGUUUGGUUUGAAUUUCAGACGCCUUAAAACUGAGAAGAGAGAUGCUACUGCAGAAAUAUUCUAUGGGGUCAGCAUAGUGUCUGUUGACCCAAUGGCUUCAAUUUAUUUGCAGUAUUCCUCUUAAAACAUGGUCUAAAAGUUGGAAUAAAAAUUAAAUCAUUUAAAUAUGUAUCUUAUUGUAGUAGUUCAGUGAUACACAAGUUUCACCUGCAAAGUGAUAUCAGACUUAGAUUAAUUUGUGUUGUCUUAAAAUAAAUUUGGUAUGUGUAUAAGAAAUUUUUGAAUUCCCAUUUCAGUAAAGCUGUAAAAUGUUGAUGAUAAUUGUAAUUAGUUUGUAGGAGAUACUUUGUGCAUGUUAUAGAAUAAAGGAACUGUUAUCAGUACUGUUCUGUACUUUUUUUGCAUGAGAAAAUAGCAUAAGCAGUGCAGAGCGUUAUUCGUUUCUUAGAAAUUAAGUUCUGUGGGUUUUUUUAAGUAUUCGCACAAUAAAAGUAUAGUUCACAUGCACGGAUGUUUCUGAAUAUUUCUGAAAGCUACUUUUGAAACAUUCAGAAUUGCAACACUGUCAUCCAGGCUGACGGCUGCACAAGGAGCAGUGCUAACAGCUAAGUGUUAAUACUGGACAGAUGUUGGUUUAAGUUAGAAGAAUGGCCUACUCAGCGACAGUCAAGAGGAUGAGACACACUGUGAUUAAUUAGGAGUCUGGAGUGUUAAUCCACUAUCUUACAUUCUACUAUAAUAGGGUCAAAGUUCUCCAUUUCAGCACUUACGUGAUAAGCUAAUUUGUUAUCAGGAGAGCAGUGCAUUUCUGUGUGCUGGACAUUUUCUUCUGCUGUUGUACAGAAACACGGACCCAUCCACACUGACUGUUGUAAAGUCAUGGCAUUAUGUGAU